AUUGUACUUCCGGUCGCACUGAUUGACUUUGAUCAUGGAAACGGAGAAAAAUACAGAUGUUUCGAACUAUCUGAAAGCUUUGAAAGAAGCAAAUUCAGACAAUGAAAAGUUUGCAGCCUUAUUAAUGGUUGCAAAAAUAACAAAAAGCGACAAAUGUGACAUAGAAGUUAAAAGACAAAUAUUGGAUGCUGUUGGGAGUAAAUUCAUCUCCAGACUAUUGAAAACAAAAAAUGUACCAGCAGAUUGCCCGGCCAACAUUUACAAAUCAGUGGCAUUGUCAGUGUUAUCAGCUCUCUGCACAGACCAACAAGUGGCUGAGAGUCUAGUAUUAAGAGAAAAUGUGGCAUGUUUCAACAACAUAGUUGUUACAAACCCAAGUGAGGGAGACGUUGACGGUGAACAGCUGAUAGAUGACACGUACGACUGUUUCAACAGUCUCAGUCAGUCCCUGACUGGCCUUGAGACCAUGCUGGCCGCCGGCACUGUGGCAGCUUUCUGCGAUGUUGUUGUUACACAAACAUUUGGCUAUGAGAAGGCCCACGACCUGAUUUGCUGCAUGGUGUCGUGCUUUGGGCCAGACACCUGGGACGGGAUUGAAUGGUCCUACCAUAAGUACGUCAACUUCCUUGGCAAACAGUUUGUAGAGGAUGAGAGUAUCCAUAAGUUUGAAAUGUGUAAAACGCUGGUGUUCCUUUUGUCUGCUGCUCCAAAUGAUAAGGAGGAAACUGUGGAGCCUCCAUGGAUCAGACCGAUUGUCCAUGGCCUUGACAACAUCAUGCGGAGUAAGAUAGGCUCAGAGCAGCGUGAGCCGGCCCUGAAGCUGGCGUCCAUGAUGGUGCAGGUGUGUGGGAUCUACUCUCUCCAGCCUCCGUACACACCCGACUUCAAACUGUUCCUACUCACCACUCAUCUCUCUUGUGUUGAGGUCAGAAUGGUGCUGGAAGACACAGAUCUCACACAGGCAAACACCAAAGGGAGACUACUCUCAUCAUGCUACACUUACCUGGAGAAUGUGAUCAACCAUCUGUCGUCUGGUCCACCGCUGGACCUUGAGGAACGGCAGGUUGUUCAACUACACAGCGCCAUGGUGGGUGCGUUCGGGGCUGUUAUACACUUUCUCAAGAGGGUGGCACUCACACCAGAACUUCAGUGGAACAGUAUCCUGCUGGCAACGGUGCGUGUGUUAGGAGCCUGGAUGGCGGAGGAGACCGCCGCACUCCGAGAGGAAAUCUACGAUCUCAUUCCCUUCCUUGUACAACUCAGUAAAAUGUGCAUUCCCCCAUCAAAUAAACCCGACUGUAAAGAUGCUUCAACCGAGACAGUGAAAAGUGAUCUUAAACUUGAUAGUAAUGAAAAUAUAGCUGAUGCAACUAGUAGCUCAAAUACAGAACAACCAGUCAAACAGGACAAAUCUGAAAGUGACACAGUGAAAAAUGGUGAAAGACAAUCUAAUGGCAGUGAAACAGAAGGGAAAGUGGUUGAAAUGGACUGUGAUAGUGGACCAGAUAGUGAGAAGAAAUCUGAAAGGGAUCAAAACCUAGAGGAUAUUACUAAACCAAGUAUUGAUGUAGAAAUGAAAUCCAAUGGGAACACUUUAGACAUAAAUACUGUGAUAGACACUCAUACUGAAGUUGAGGGGGAACCAGACAAGACUGGACCAGAGACAAAGUCUCAAGGUGUGUCAACAGAUGCAGAGAAUGAGGAUGGGUACACAGACGCAAUGCAGGAGAGGGUUAGAGAUGCUAACCUUGAGAAAGACAUCCUCACUGAGGAAGAGUUGCAGGAGCUACAUGUUAAAGCUGACAUCCUGCACUACCUGUUACCUGGCCUGUGUCACCUGACAGCAGAGGAAGAGCCACGGAAGCUGUUGUUGGAGAGUGGGGCUCUGGGUGUGCUUGAUUUGUACAUGUGGAGGGCCUGGGAACGCUUGAUCACCCACGGAGCCAGGGGCAGGGAAACACUGUCCUGCCUUGUGAUCCUGUGCAACAUAUUCCUGAACUUGAUCAUCGUUGAGCCGGCUGUCGUACCCGAGAACAAGGAAUUUUCUCAUAUCCUUCUAUUGGUUGUCAAAGGCAUCCAUCUCAUAGAACAUGAAGACAAGCUGUUAGUGCUGUGGUCCCAUCUGAUCACCCUAGGACUCAUGUUGAUGAGAGCACUCAAUAAAACUGCAGGAGACUUUCUAGAGCCUGAGAGUAUCAAAAAGUUUUACCAGUCGUCUGUUCGCUUCCUGAGCGGGGCUUACACAGCGCGACACAAGAAGAAGGGAGCCGUCCUUGACAUUGUUGAGCCGUACAAGGUCGUCUGGGAACAGAUCUCACAAACAUGGUUCCUUAGCAUGCAAGCGUUUGCAGCUUGUAUUCCCCUGUAUGGGGAGUUGCCGGGCCUGAUAUUGGCAUCAUCCUGGCUGCCUUCCAUGAUCAAGGUCAUCUCAGAUGUCAAACCAAACACAGUUGCCGAGGAGACAAAGAGCUGUUUCCAGUUGCUAUUGACAACACUUGCCCGGGAGAACAAAACUGCACGUGCUGUGAUCAAAGACAAGGGUGGGGAUGCACUCAACAGGUUUUUCAAGUCAAGAGAGUUCAACAACACAUUGAAUGCUUCCUGAAUAGUUGUAUGACCGGAGGAUUUGGAAGUAUUGUGACUCCAUGUGUAUGGGAUCAUGCAUUUAUUUAUUAUAAAUUUCCUUUAUUGGAACAGUUUGUUAAUGAUUGAUUUUAAUUUUCUCUUGAAUGAGAGAAGAUUGGGCUGAAUGAUGCAGUCUGCUCACAGCUACUGUCAGGGCAGGAUAUUGUAAUGGGCCCAGGUUUUUCAAGAUAGGGUCUCUGUGACGUAGUUGAUGUUAGUAGUUUGUCAACCUUGUAUUAGACUUCUUCUUAAAAAUACUGUUGGUUCGUAACUUUCAUUUAGUAUUUAUGACAUUUUUGUGAACCAAGUCAUACAUGUAAAAUCUAUGUGAAUAUAACUUUACCGAGUUUUGCUGAUGAAUAUAAUUUUACAUUGUUGUGGUGAAUUUUAAUCUUGCAAAAAUUUUGAAAAUUGACCAAUGCCAAACAAGUGCGAAAUAAGAACCUCAUAAAUUUAAAUUAAUUUGCAGUUAAUAUUUACCAGAAACACCAACCCUAAACACUUCAUGAAGAGUCUGACAAGAUAGAAAUCAAAACCAUUGAAACAAUUCCAUGUAUUUGUUGAUAUCUAUAGAUGUUUGUAACGACAUGCGGUAUAUGAUCUGUUGUUUUUAUACAUGUGUAAGCACUGAUGAUGCAUCAAGGCCAUGUUGAUUCACUGAGACAUAAUUCUAAGUGUUCAAAGUAGCUCAUUUGAUCAUUUUGUGUAUUGUAUUUAAAGCAAUUGAAAUUACACUUCAUUGGAAUCAUCUCCUUAAUAGUACUUUCAUUCUGUCAAGGUUAUUCAGCGUGAGAAUCUAUUGAAAUUCAAGUUGAUGUGCAUUUGAUGAUUUAAGGAAUGUUUGACUAAAUUAAACAAUUAUGAAUAAUUGGUUUAUGGUGACAUCACUGACAUGUAUAUGUCAAGAGCAUGGUGACUAUGGCGUGGUCAUUUUUCAUAUCAACCUUGUCAUAUAUACAUUAUUGAAACGUUUAGGUUAAAAAAUAUUGAUUUAAUAAAUAUACAUUGAAACAACACAUAAUAAACACAUAUCAUGAUAAGGAUUGGAAAGAUAGCUGAAAGCUAACAUUAUAACAUCUCUCCUAUGGGGAAGGUUAAAAAGUAUACAGAGCAGAAUACAAACAUGUCUAACUCUCCUAUUCUAUAUAUGUUGCAUUUUAGUAAGUAUAAUUUAAAAGGACCAUUAACUCAGUGUAAAAUUGUGUAGUAAAUGAAAAUUUAACUUUGUUUAAAGUCUUCAUUUUAAGCAAAAUAUUGCCUUCCGAUGUAGCAUAAAGGACGUAAUUUAUCACGUGGUAUACAUACACUGGAACUGUUAUUUUCUGUAAUAAAGCUGGUUUCAAUAUUUUUAGAUACAAAUGAUGAAAGUUAAGCAUGAGUCAAGCUCUUCAAGACUGACAGAUUUUCUUGCUAAGUAAGAUGAAUUUGACAUUCUGUCGGUUCCGGUGCGGACAUGUUGUCAUUAUUUUGUGAUUGUUAUUUUUUUGUCAUUUUGAUAGGUUUUGCUGUGGAGUGUUUUGAAUUUUUAAAACAUUGUUAAACGUAUAUUUUUCUCUAGUAUUUACUGUAAAUGUCUUUAAGAUUUUGAAGUUUUCUACCAUAGAUGUUGAUACAUGUGUAAAUACUGUUUGUUUUUAUAUUAACAGACUGUUAUUCAACAAAACUUGCAUAUCAGUAUUAAAUUACCAGCAAUGCAAAUCUCAUACUGUAGUUAUUUUUACCGUUAUCAUAUGAGCACAGGUCAUUCCAAACAUUGAAUUUCUUAUAAAAUAAUUUCAUCUAUCACAUAACAAUUCUCUGACUGUCAAACUAUUUGAUAUAUUGAAUUGAAAAAUAUUAUGGUUUAUUGAAAGUCAGCACAAGUUCACAUGGUAUGCACCAGUCAAUUGUAACCACCGCCCCUCGUAUACUGGGGAUAGCGGGGGAAAUUGGCAGUGUUUUUACCUGUCAUUCACCCCGCAGUGCCAGCUGAAUGCGGUGGCUUGUUUUCACUCCAAAUAUAUUGGGGAAUGGGCCUUACCUAGGUAUUCCCAGGUGCGGGGGCAUUUGGCGGGGAUUUUUCCAGCAGUUUGUCCCCACAGGGCGAGGCUUUAACCCGGGAUUUUCUGGGGGGGGGGGGCGUGGUUACAAUUGACUGGUGCAUUAAGAUGUUAUGUCAGAAGCAACAUACAUUUUUGUUUUUGUUUAAACAUGAUGUCAAACUCAAGAACUGUGAAUUUGACAAACAACUAUUUAAGGGGAUGAUGCAUGCCUCAUUUUUUAUUUGAAAUUCCAAAAAAAAAUUGUGACAGCUAGUGGAUUAAAAAUUGUAAGAGGAUUGAUUACAAUGUUAUUGAAAUAAACAUAAACCCUUCCAUUACCACAAGCAAACAGUGUUUUGAAAUGUGGACUUAUUUACUUAUACAGUAACGUUUACAUGAACAAAACAAAUAAUGAUGUGUGUUUUUUUAAGUAAAUAGUUUUUGAUAUUAAGCUUUGGCUAUUUUCAACGAAUGUCAAAGUGAUCCAUUUUUAACAGUAUUUUGUCCUAGUUAUAUAUAUCUCUAUUACCAUGGGCCUGUUAGCCUGGGCUAUAUUUAUAAAAUUUCUUAAAUCAUUUCCUAUCUUAAGUUGAUUUUUUAAAAUUUUCGAAGUCAAAUGAAAAGAAAUGUAUAAGUGUUUUUAACAAUAAAGGAUGUUUUUCAAUAAGGUCAAUAGAAAUAAUUUCGGAAAUUCUUUACAUUUUAUUUCAUAUGACUUGAGAUAAUAAAAUUAGGAAAGUGACUUAAGUUAUGAAAGGACUUAAGACGUUUUAUGAAUACCGCCCCAGGUCUAUAGGUCUGUGCUUUUACCAGCUGGUAAUUCUAUGAGCCUCAGUUAAAGGUCACUGACCUUUAAUUUCAUGUUUUUAUUUUAUUGGUGGUUAAGAAUGAAUUAUUGCUGGUUUCCUGUUUUAUAAGUGUUUCUUGUUACGUUUUUGGGUUGAUGUAAGAUGAUUUUAGAUUAUUAAUCGAGUAACGGCUCAUAAGUGCUAGGAUGAUUAAUCUUUAAUGACACCAAUUAGGUCACAUCUGGAGGUACGUCAGUGGUUAUCUGAUGAUCAUCUGAAGUUCGUAACAUUGAAUAAUGGGGCCAUCUUAUGACUUAUAUCUUAAACACAAACUAUUAGAUCAAGAACAUAAGUUUAAAGCUUCACUCUCACAGAUAUACCAUUUUUGUCUUGGAAAGGGCUAAUUUUUCCAUACAUUUCUGCAAACCAAUGAUUUAAGAUUGCUGACAAAAAAUCAGAUUGUUGAUUUUCAUAUUUCCGUUUGAAAAUUUAUGUUACUGACGGUUUAAGAAAAAUGCAUAAAACAUCCUUUUUGGAACUUAAAUAUAGAAAUCUGCCAUCUGUUUUUGUUUUUUUUUGUCAGCAGCUUUAUAUAACUGGCUUCCAUGGAUUUUCGCAAAAAUUAGCUAGUUCCAAAACAAAAAAUAAAAAUGUUUUCAAAAUGUUAAAUCUGUGAGAAUGCAGCUUUAAAAUGAAGUGGGUUUCACAAACUAGAUCAAAGGUUUACUUGAAAAAUCAAAUAGACUGGCAUAUUGACCUAUAAAGUAUAUGUAAUAUGUUUCGAAAUGGAUAGUAUACCUGGUUAAUUAAAAAAGGUGGCCAUAAUAAUCAGCCUCUUUAAGUAUGAGAUUAACAUGGGCUAUAUUGCGGGCUCUGUGAAUGGGCUUUUAACACUGACUUUGUUGAUUUUUGUAUAUUUUAUGAACUUUGUUGUCUUUUUGUAUGAAGAAUUAAAUGUGAUAAAACCCUGU